GCUUUUAUUCCCCUUCUCAAGGCGUGAUUGAAAAAGAGAGCCUAUGGUGCAGUACUUGCGUGUCAACAGUCCGCCAAAAUUGGUUCGAAGCACCCUAAUACCUCUAUCAGAGCACUUCUCAACUUGCUUUCUCUUCAUCGACCAUGCGCUCGCCUAUCAGGUGCUUUGCCAUCUCAAUUGCGCUGGGGGCGAUGAGCAUAGUGCCACGACCCUGCGGCUAUGGACACACUCCGGCCGAAAUCCUGGGAAGAACCGCUGGAAAUCUGCCUGCUGCAUCGAAUUCAAACUUAGACCCGAUGACCAUGCCCACAGCCACCACCUGCGUGGAAGAGACAACAAGUGUCUCGACGGCUGUCAAAAGCCCGCACUGCAGUACAUCGUCCGCAAUACCUAUGACUACUAGUGGUUGCCUAUCAGAUUCUGGCUCUCUAGCUAAUGCCCGGACACAUACUUCAACAGACGAUCUCGACUAUAUUCAAAUCUCCAUAUCUACGAGCGCCAUGGAGCACUGUGUCGAAUGCAAGUCUGCCAGUACGAGGCUUUAUACGAAGACAGUCAGCAAAAACAGUACCACAGCCAACUGCGUCGAGGAUUCUAACGGAUUCAACCCCAAGGAGAGUCUGCUGGUAUGACCCUCUGCUUCCUGCACUCUGCCCGUCUGCUGGAAGAGGUCUCCCGGGUUGUUGACCGUGUCGAGUAUUGACGUAUGGUCUAGUCCCCAUGCGUUCUCGUAGCUUUGCAGCGCUCGCAAGUACAUCUUGA